AUUUCCCUUAACCUUAUGUAAGUCGCCUAAGCAAGCAACAUCAACUCUCUACAACGUAAUUAGUUAAUACAUAACUAACUACAACUACACUAAGGUUAGUACAUAGUAUCCAACCAUCCAUCGACGUGACAUUCAUCUACGUGACGUGUUUCAACUUCUUCAGCUACAAUUACGACUGGCUCACCCAAACAUCACAUCACCAAGAAAAUAAGAAGAAGCAGAAAGGAAAAAAGAAAAAAAACCAAAAAAUAGCAGAAAAAGAAGGGGAAAAAAAGGGCCCAUCUCUUCUUCUUUCUGUUUUGUGUACUAACCAAUUAUUUAUUCUUCUAGUCCCUCUUUUUCCAAGGAGAUACAAAAGAGAUACAAAAGAGAUACGCACUAUACCAGCCCAGCCCCAAUGUUCUCCGUUGGAAAUCUAUUCUGUAUUGGCUAAUUGUUGAUAAUACGAGGGAACAAGGGGGGUCGAGGCCAAACCAGCAUCAACAACUUCCGUUUUAUUGUUUUUAUUGUCAUCUUUGGUACAGAAUAGUUCUUGAAUGGUAGCUUUUUGUCAUAGAAUGGAAUGACCUCGAAAUCAGAUCAUUGAACCUCCCCACACCCACUACAUCCAUCACAUCCGUUAUAUUUAUCACUGCCAGCAUGCCUCGAAGUCGGCCAGCUACCACGGGCUAUGAACGCCUGGCACAGGCCGACCAGUUCAGCGACGAGUCCGACGAAGAUGUUUUAGCCCAAAGCUUCGCAUCCCUUCAACCUCAAUCCGCACCACGCUUUGCAUCUAACACCCAACCGAGGCCUCACUCAGGCAUGGCUUCCCCUAAGCCCGCUGCGCAGCCUAAAUACCGGCCGAAGCGAAUGCGAAGCAAUUCCGGUGUCGACCUGAAGGCCAUCAACGCCCGUUUAGAACGAUGGGCUGACGAGAUUGCUUCCAAGUUCAAAAGGGGGAAGGGAAGAGGAAGUCCGGGUGAGGAGGAACGUCUCGAGAUCCAUUAUAGCGUUUUCCAACCCCCCGAAGGCGUACGACCCGCCACCGCCGAGACUCUUGCCGCUUUACCUGAACCUGCCAUGUCCAGGGAUGAAUUCGAAGCUAUAGUGGAGAGCGUGCGUGUUGCUAUUGAUCAAGGCAUGCAUCCGAGCAUGAUUACCCAAGGGAGCUCGGGGAGUUAUUUCGCACGGAAUACCGAUGGUAAAAUAGUCGGUGUGUUUAAACCAAAAGAUGAGGAGCCCUAUGCAGCAGGAAAUCCAAAGUGGAACAAAUGGAUUCACCGAAAUCUGUUCCCCUGCUGUUUUGGCCGCGCAUGUUUGAUUCCUAAUCUCUCGUACGUGAGCGAGGCGGCGGCGUACGUCCUCGACCGCCAACUCCGUACCCACAUCGUCCCCUACACCGACGUCAUUUACCUGUCGUCCAAAUCAUUCCACUACCCCUAUUGGGAUCGCCGGAGCUUUUAUAGAAAAAAGAAGCCUCUCCCCGAGAAACCGGGGAGUUUUCAGGUUUUUCUCAAGGGGUUCAAGGAUGCUAAUGUGUUCUUGAGAGAACAUCCUUGGCCUGACCAGUACUGGUCCAGCUUCCGUUCAAACGACACUCACAGGCACAAACAGAAGAAAUGGGCUGAUAGCUGCCGCCCGUCCACUAGGAAUACACGCGCAGAUGAUAGUGAAAGUGAAGAUGAACAAACUACCGCGGGACAACGGCCUCUUGGGCCGGAUAAUUUCAUGUGGACCGAGUCGUUAAAACAGGCAUUCCGGGAACAGCUCGAGAAGCUCGUAAUAUUGGACUACAUUAUGCGGAAUACCGAUAGAGGUCUUGACAACUGGAUGGUCAAAGUUGACUGGCAAACUCAAGAAGUCUCCAUUGCUUCUGAGCCCCCACAGCUUAAUUUGGACAUGCCGGACGAAGAUAACGAGCAGCCUCCAAGGCCCGUAGAUAUAUCAAUGAGGAACAAGUCUAGGAGUCCUAAUCCUUAUAAGGCGCAAAAGCCUAUGAACGCGGCUCGUACGAGUAAGGUCCCCGAUCCUAAGAUAUCGCUCGGAGCAAUCGAUAAUUCUCUGUCAUGGCCAUGGAAGCAUCCAGAUGCGUGGCGAAGCUUUCCGUUUGGUUGGUUAUUUCUACCCGUUGAUCUCAUCGGACGACCAUUCUCCCAGAAAACCCGGGAUCACUUCCUCCCACUCCUCACAUCUACUCAGUGGUGGAGCCAAACUUCUCUGGAGCUACGGAAGGUAUUCCAGAUUGACCCCGAUUUCCAAGAGAAGAUGUUCUCCCGUCAAAUGGCGGUAAUGAAGGGUCAAGCUUGGAACGUGGUUGAGACGCUUAAAACCCCAGAUCAUGGUCCGUUAGAGCUUACAAGGCGUGCCAGGGUAUGUGUAUGGGAUGAUCUGGUAGAGGUGCCCGUGGCCGUACCCAUGCGCGUCACAUCGUCUGAGAUGCGCCGCAAGGCGGAGCAAGAGGUCCACAGCGCCAUCGAGGAGGAGAUGGAUAUCGGUGCGGCCAACUCGUCCUCAGCACCUGCCCAACGCGUGGAUGAUCUCCUUGGCUUUUCUAGUCCCUUACCGAAUCCUGGACGCUUCGAACUAGCUAGCUCCCACGAGCAGUCACCAGAUCGGACCGAACCGGCUUCUGCAGACUACACGCCCAAUGGCGUAGCUCAAAAUCCCUUCGAUGUCCUGUCGGCAACGGAGUCGCCCAACGCUUCACGUCCAAAAGGGUCUCGUGGCCCGAGGUCGAGCUACCAGGGUCCGGCGCGAUCCCAGAUCAGUAUGUAUGCACCACAUAAGGAGCGCAGGUACUCGUUCGCGACGGGUGUGACCAACUCACGAAAUAACAACUCGAUCGCCGCCAAGUUAUAUGGCAAUGGCUACGACGAUGAGGAGGAUGACAUGGAGGGGGACCUAGGUUACGCGGCGGCGGAGACGAUGGACGGGAAUAGACGGAAGGUAAUUGUGGAGCGGCUAGAGACCGUCAAGGCUAGAAAUCCCGUGUUCACUUGGUGCUAAAGGCCUAGGAUAACGAAUAAGAACGAGGCCUGUGAGGAGAGAAAUCCUCUCACGAAUGUACGACGCCUGCGCUGCUCAACAUGCAUACCUAUACUCGGCUCCUCCCGGCGCCUUAUUAGGUACCUACCUACCUUGAGCAGAAUAAUGAUCGCGUACGCUACGAAGUUAAUAGAAAGACGACCUGGUUUUUUGAGUUUUUUUUUGGUCCGCUUGUUUGCUUUUUGGAACAUUGAAUUGCAUAGCCUAAGGGUAGAAGGAACACUAGGACCGGUUACCAUUGAAGUGUACAACACAGAAAGAAAAAGACAGUCAUAAUAAUUACGAUACAUACAACUUACCUACUUGCUGGGUAGCAAAAACAUGGCAUUGUGUGACCUGGAAUCUAGGUAUGAAUCUAUGCUACGCACGUACACUCACUUAAGGUUACCUACUUGCCUGCCUACCUACCUACCUACCAAC